GUCGAACGACGCGUGCGUCACUCACCUUCACUCACUAACCUGAGUUGCCUCACGUGAGUGUGGGAGCCAGCUAGAAUCGGACUGACCCCUCUUACAGUGAGUUCGUCUUUGCCUUGCACAACGAUGGCAAGUUCCUCUGCUGCAGCGUCCACUUCCACAAGAAUCCAUGACGAUCAAGUGGAUAUGGUCAUUAAGUCUAGCAAGAUACACCAUAUGGUAUGGACUGCUUUCCUAUCGCAAGCUGACUCCGAGGGAAACCAAGAGUGGACUGGAUUCUUUCUAUCUGUUUUUUCUAUUCUUUCUGCCCCUCUGCGCCAGUUGCGCGUGAACAUCGUUGAUGACGACGAACAGGCAUCAAUUGUGGGAAAUUUCAGCGACGUCGAGCUCGCUGAAUGCAAAAAUUUGAUCGUGAGCGCCCUGGGACGGGACGAAUGGCGCCCCUUGAUCGAGUAUGUGCGACGCAUUGGGGAUAAAAUUGUUAGGCCCCGGCCCCGUGUCAGUGAAGGAGGUCUUCAAUCGGCGUUUGAAGAACCGUAUCGGGGGACGACAGACAGUCUGUUUAUCAAUACGUUGAAAUCGUAUUGGGAGUCAAGCCGGGGUCCCAACUCAUCUAGGGCCCCGUAUAAUUGGUCCCUAUCAGUCAUCCAGUCUUCUGGAAUGGGGAAAUCCAGGAUGGUCGAGCAAGCCGCGCGCUCCAUAUUUACGAUUCCGAUCAAUAUUCGCGAGGACAUUGGCCCUCUUUUCCGAACGUACCCUCCUCCGGACGAGGCGUUUCGCCAAUAUUUUGAAUCGCAUCAAUCGAAAACCGAUGAUCGCCUGCAGGUAGAAUAUGCGAUUAUAUUGGCCUUGCUAUUCGAACAUGCCACCAACCUUCUUGACGGCCCCAUCUUCAAUAAGAAGAAGAAAACGGGAGCAGCGCUAGCACUUGAAUGGACUGAUUAUCUCAACGAAGGACGAACCGAUGCCAAAGUUGGUAACAACAGGAAAAGCUUCCUAGAUUCUGUGGCGGCUGAGGCAGUGAAGCUUCGAGUUUCGACGCUGGAUGCAGCACAAGAUGGUGCCCAUGGUGACAGUGGGACCCAGAGCCCUAUACAACGAAUGAAGGUCUCAUGUUCCCGCUUUGUCGAAACCCUCCCCGGGGAGGCGGGUGAACUCAAAUGUAUCAUUUACUUUGAUGAAGCUCACCGACUUGCCGAACCUGUCUCACCGCGUCAGCAGAAUACGAUGCGUACUCGCUCGUCCUAUCAUAACCUCGGCAUAGUGCUGGCUGAGCUGACAGAUUGUGCCGUUUUUUUCGUUUUUCUAUCCACGAGUUCUCAUCUCCAGAAACUGGCACCGUCGCCAGCCUCCCAUCCAUCGGCUCGCGUUGCUCCAGGUCUUUGCCUCUUCCCCCCUUUCACCGAGCUUCCGUUCGACGUGUUUGAAAACGAAGUUCUUCAAUCUUUGAGACGCCAGGGGAAAAAACUGAGCCUCGAAAACAUGUGCCAACCCAGUAUAAUGGCAGGGUUUGGACGUAGUUUAUGGUAUGUCCACCACCAAAACUGGGUAGAGAGCAGAGGAAGGCCUGUUAUACCUUUCGCUGGAGAGAAACUGAUCGCGCAAGGGGACGAGACGAGAGUGUUCCACUCUCAAGUGGCUGCGCUGGGGGUUCGCAUUGGGAUAACCCUCGACAUGACCACUAAGGCCUCGAGAGUGAUGGCAGCGGAACUCGUUGAGUCACACAUGCGCGUUGUUUAUGCCAUUCCCCAACAUCGUGAGUUCAUGCAUAGCGGAACGCCCUCUGAGCCGGUACUGGCCGAGGCGGCAGCAUUGUACCUGAACGAUAGCCAUGGGAUAGAGAGGCGGGGUCCAGAGAUUCUAGCUCAGGGUUGCGGGAAAGGACUGCUUGCGCAAGGAGAGCGUGGAGAACUCUGCGGUCGACUUCUUGUGACCGUUGCACACGAUCUCGCCUUGACACAAAAGUACUCCCCCAAAGCCACUUAUAAUCCAAAUGCCGCACGUUUCCAUCAACCUGUCCCCGUCCUCGAGUUUCUCCAGGCUCUAUUUGCACAGCCAUUCCACGAGAUAAUAUUGAAUGCCCACUCGGUGACGGCCAGAGAUGGUGUGCCCACCUUGGGAAAGGCCUUUGCAAAAUCUUAUAUCUGCUUUUCCCAUUUCGCUCUGGCCAAAAAUACCGAAAUGUUGACUGCCCAAAAUCUGGCAGUAGCACUACGGCGUGGAAUGGCCCUCCAAGCUAAAGAUAACCAGGAAUCUAUCGAUGCUGUCAUUCCUGUCCAUAUGGGUCCCACAAGCACGACUAUCUUGCCGGAGUCCACAUCAGCCAUCAACUUGCAAUUCAAGAAUCGCAAACGGGCUGUCGCUUGCCAUGUUGAUCGCUCGAUCACUGUUCCGGACAUUUCCAUGCCAGUAAUAUCGAUCGUUUUCGAGUUCGGAGAUGAGGGGGCAGCAACAGAUUCACUUGUGACCAUCGACACUAAGGCGACACGUCGCAGGACUCGCAGCUCUGUAGGCAAAAUGCUCCCAGAUGACCGCCACUAUAAAAUUACCGCUUAUGGUUGCACUUCCAAGACUUUUAAGGCGGUUUCACCGGAUGUCGAGAACCAUUACCCGUCCAUUCUCGCGGCUCGGAGUAUCCUUGAGGACUUUCCUAGAGCAAAAUCUAAAGAGAAUUUGCAAGCCCUCGAGGACCUAAAACCGUACUUUGAUGGUGUUCUAGAAUCAGAGAAACGGUCAGAGGAGUGGGAGAAAUUGAGGUCGGAGGGCAGAAAGCGCCCCCGGAGAUCCGCGGAACCUGCAAUUACACCGGCCACCUACUACUCGUGACCUAAUCAAUAUAAAAUGGUAUCAAGGGUGCCCUGGUGCAGAGAGGAAAAUAUGGCUGGUUUUACGGAGGGGCCCGAAGGGCCCGAGAAGCCUUGGGGUACCUGUGAUCAAUUACAAUACAAUGCGCAGUGCCAAUUUGUAUUGCCAGCAUUGUCUUCCGAUCCGUUGUCAUCGCCGCUGACAUUGUUGACAAUGUCAAAAUCGAUCUUCACAAAUUUUGCAUAUUUUUUCUUCAUUUUUUUUCCUGCCUUGCUGGCAACAUAAUUUAUUAUAUUAAUCUCAGCAUCAAUGCUUGUCAUUGUUAUUGUUCAAUAUGAGAACAGCAUG